AGAGAGAGAGAGAGAGGCAGAGACACAGGCAGAGGGAGAAGCACGCUCCAUGCACCGGGAGCCUGAUGUGGGAUUCGAUCCCGGGUCUCCAGGAUCGCGCCCUGGGCCAAAGGCAGGCGCCAAACCGCUGCGCCACCCAGGGAUCCCUCUGGUUGCUAUUUAAAAGAAUAUUAUUGGGGUGCCUGGUGGCUCAGUGGGUUGAGCAUCCUAACUCUCUGUUUUGGUUCAGGUCAUGAUCGGAUGGAUUAUGGGGUCGAGCCCCAUGUCGGGUUCCAACGCUAAACAGGUCAUCAGCUUGGGAUUCUCUUUCUCCCUCUGUCCCUACCCCAACUCAUAGACUCUCUCACUCUCAAAUAAAUACAACUUUUAAAAAAAUGUUGUAAAAUAAUAUUUUUUAUAUCUGAGCACAGUCUCUCUCUUUAUACCUUCCAUAUGCACAAAAACUGUCUACCCCUACCCUUACUUCCCUUCCUCUUCAAAUUAAAAAAUCAAAUUCUAGAGACUUCUUCUGGGUUAUUUUCAGUUGAAUUGUUCUUUUCUGAGUUAGCUCUAAUUUUCUAAACCUUUCUUUUUCUUUCUUUUUUUUUAAGAUUUUAUUUAUUUAUUUAUUCAUGACAGACACAGAGAGAGAGAGGCAGAGAUAGGCAGAGGGAGAAGCAGGCUCCAUGCAGGGAGCCCAAUGUAGGACCCGAUCCCCGGACUCCAGGAUCAUGCCCUGGGCCAAAGGCAAGCGCUAAACUGGUAGACCACCCAGGAGUCCCUUCUACACCUUUUUUCUUUUUUAAAACCUUUCUUAAGUAGGGUGUAUAUUUUGGUCAUAGUUUUCAGCAGUAAAAUAACCUUUUAUAACUAUAUUCUUUACAUUAUAUAUUCCAUUAUGUUAAUUUAUGAUAACAAACUGGAGCAAAAGUAAAUAUUCCAUUACAAUGUUUAAGAAGUACUGCAUAAUUCUCCAAGUAUUGCUCCCAAAGAAGACAAUACUACUAAGAUAAAAACAAGCAGGGGCAAGAAAUUCUGGAAGAACCAUUAAUUGAUAAAGUUUUGGAAUCCAAAAACAGCCUGUGAAUUUACAAUAUAGCCCCAAAUGGAACAAUCAGAAAUGAAACUAAAAAGCAAAACUAAUCAGCUAGCACACAAUGGGUCUAAUCAUUUACCAGUAAAGGAAUCUGAGAAAUCUGGUUGAAAACACUGAGUAAAUGGCCACAGAUGGGUAUCCAACAAAGAAAGAGAGGAAGAGAGGUAAGGGUUUAAUAGUAUAUUCAAGUCACAUGACGAAGCUGAUACACCAUCUUCUAUUGAAGAAUCUGUGUGCUGAAUUUUGAAAAUGGUACAAUUAAGAAAGUGCUCAAUGCAAAUUUUCUUUGGACUUACAUCCUUAGAGAAUUUCAAUCAGUUUACAGGGUAUGGACAACCCAAAUUUACGUAAGGGUUCCUUUACAAAAACUUAGCUGUAAGUUGAUGUUUAUAGAAAACAAUCUUUUUAAAUUGCUUGACCACCAUUCUGUGGUUAUAUAUAUAGUAAACUCUUAUGAGCCCAUGGCUAUUUCAUUUCUGUUCCUGCCUAAAUGUGUGGUUCUAAUUUUAUUCUUCUGUUAGCACUUAACCAUAGAUUUACAAAUCCAGAAUGUUUUCGUUUUUAUUUUUUAAAAAUAUUUUUAAAAAUCCAUUUAUUUGAGGGGGGGGCGGAGAAUACAAGCAGAGGGGAGGGCCAGAGGGAGAGGGAGAAAAAGACUCCUGAGUAGGGAGUCCCACAUGGGACUCGAGCCUAGGACCCUGAGAUCAUUACCUGAGCUUAAGGGAGUUGCCAAAGUCACCCACGGGCCCCAAGAAUGUUUUUAUAAAGUUAGGUUUAGUGCCACUCUUUUGACCUAUGCUGCCCCGUCUGCCGCCUCUGGGGAAGAAGGGAAGCAGGAGAGGAGCUCGCGUCGGCUGUCACCCAGGUCCUCCAGCCACAUCGUCCCAAAGAGUGUACAAUGUUUGCCUGCGCCAAGCUCACUUGCACCCCUGUUCUGAUCCGAGCUGGAUCCAGAGUUGCAUACAGACCAAUUUCUGCAUCAGUGGUAUAUCGACCAGAGGCUAGGACUGGAGAGCACUCUACAGUAUUUAAUCGGGCCCAGAAUGGUGUGUCUCAGCUAAUCCAAAGGGAGUUUCAGACCAGUGCAAUCAGCAGAGACAUUGAUACUGCUGCCAAAUUUAUUGGUGCAGGUGCUGCAAGAGUGGGAGUGGCUGGUUCUGGUGCUGGUAUUGGAACAGUCUUUGGCAGCUUUAUCACUGGUUAUGCCAGAAACCCUUUGCCGAAGCAGCAGCGGUUUUCAUAUGCUAUCCUGGGAUUUGCCUUGUCUGAAGCUCUGGGUCUCUUUUGUUUGAUGGUUGCUUUCUUGAUUUUGUUUGCUAUAUAACAGAAAUUACUGCUUGAAAUGUUGGCAUUCAUAUUAAUUACAGAUGUAAUUCUGUGUACCUUACUGUCACUCCAUAAACUGUACUACUGGUGUCAUGGAAAUGUACAUUUCCAAGGUCAUUUCAUUAAAGAUGAAAACUUUAAAAAAAUAAAGUCAAAUUUACAUAAUAAGUUUUCUGUUACCUGGGAACCAAGUAUAUUUGUGUAAAAAAAAAAAAAGUAACAGUAUGGAAAUUUCACUUCUCAUGUCAAGGACUUUUGGAAUUAAACUUGGUCCUGAGGGGUUCACAGAGUACUUUCUUUAGGAAAACACAAAAAUAUAGCCAUAUUAGAUUGAAAUAGAACAUAAUGAACUACUAGCAACAGGAACUAUAGACACUAUUCAUUCCUGAAGCAUUUGAGCUUACAUGGAAGAAUUGCAGAGCUAUCUGAUGAAACCAGAGUCACAUAGAAGUCUCAAGAGUUUGAUAUAUCAAGAAUUAGGGGUGCCUGGGUGGCGCAGCUGGUUAAGUGUCCAACUCUUGGUUCAGCUCAGGUCAUGGUCUCAUGGUCAUGAGAUCGAGCUCUGCGUUGAGCUCCACGCUCCGCAUGGAGUUCGCUCGAGAUUCUCCCGUCUGCUGCUGCUGCUGCUCCCAUUCCUGCUCUCUCUCAAACAAAUAAUUAAGUCUUAAAUCAAGUAAAGCAUAUACUCACUUGGACAACAUACACUAAUCACUAAAUUUUGGAGAUGAAUACACAAAUCCAAGGCAGAACCUUUGGCUCAGUAACAUCUGUUUUGUGAAACUGCUGAAGUUGAAGCUAACAUCUAUUAUCAGUGAUACAAAGCAGGAAACAACAUUAAGAUGCAUGUGGACUUAAAAGUUACAAUAAACUUGUGCAUCUGGAUUUUUCUGUAGUUCUGGAAGACAGUUCACUUUAACUGAAGCAACUCUAUACUUUUCUGAACUGCUUUUAUAUUAAUAUUAAAAAUUAUAAGUCCUAUUUAAAAAUCAUGUACAGGCUAUAUAUACUUUACCACUAUGCUCAAAACUUUCAUGCAGUACAUAUAACCUGAUUUAUGAUCAUGUGGCCCAGUAAUUAAAUUACUGGAUAACCUAACAAAAACUUCCUUGCCCAGGUGAUAAAUGACCUGGAUCAAGAAUUGAAACAUCAGGGGUGCCUGGGUGGCUUAGUGGGUUAAACACCUGCCUUCAGCUUGAGUCAUGAUCCCAGGGUCCUGGAAUCGAGCCCUGCAUUGGGUUCCCUGCUAAGUUUCUCCUUCCCCCUGCACUGGGCUCCCUGUUUCUUGCUUCUUCUUUUCCCUCUGCCUCUCCCCACUGCUUGUGCUCUCUCUCUCUCUCAAAUAAAUUAAUUAAAAAUAAAAUAAAAAAUAAAAUAAAUACAAUAAAAAAUACAAUAAAAUAAAUAAAAUAACUGAAACAAGAUGCAAAUUAACCCAAAGGAGAAAAAAAAUCCAAGAGUAUAUUGUGAGCUAAUUUUCUGCUUCUAUAUCCCCAAAUGCCCUGGCUAGAUUUAUUAGCAUGGAAAACCAUACAGUGCUAUCUAAGGAGCUGGAAGUAAAUUUACUUCUUGAAUAUAUCCAUCUGUAUCAUUAUAUAACUGAUAUAUGGGCAUCUCUUCACACAAGUGAACAAAUUUCUCACUGGCCAGCCACAGAAACUGAAUUUAAUGCUUAGUAUUCACUUCAGGUAAUAUAAACCCUGUGACAGUGAAACCAACAUGUUUUCAAAAACCUAAUAAUGAAUCACUGGCCUUCUAUAGGCCCCAUCAUCUAUUAAUUAAACUUAGAAAUAUGCCUAGAAUAGGUUCCAUGGAUAUAUAAUAGAGCUGUUUCCUUUUUUUUUUUUUUUAAAUUUUUAUUUAUUUAUGAUAGUCACACACAGAGAGAGAGAGAGGCAGAGACAUAGGCAGAGAGAAGCAGGUUCCAUGCACCGGGAGCCCGACGUGGGAUUCGAUCCCGGGUCUCCAGGAUCGUGCCUUGGGCCAAAGGCAGGCGCCAAACCGCUGCGCCAACCAGGGAUCCCCAUAAUAGAGCUGUUUUCAAAGUUAUAAUCGGCCUCCAGGAACUAAAGUUUAGGACUGUGAGAAUGGGUUCUUCAUGAAAACGA